AUUAACCCAACGCCAAACAAUUUGGUGUCUUUCGGUUUUAAUUUUCCGUGUAACUUAUUUUGCAUUGCUUUUUGUAUAAGUAUAUUCUACACAGUGAUUAAGCAGGUGUUUUUCAACUAUGCUCGUGUAAAUUGUAAUUUACGAAUUGUUUGUUUUGGUUUUUACCCGCGCUCAACAUUGUCUAAACUAACAGUCGUUCACGUUCCGCCUCGCUCCCUUCCGCCUUCUUCCUCUUCUUGCUGUGACGUCAAGUGCGUUGCGUUUGAUAUGCACAAAAACAAAUAAACAAAUAAAGACAAUCGUUUAAUUACAAAGAUACUAAAAUAACAACUAAAAAACCCUACAAAAUGGAUAUGAAAUUCGUCAUGAUUAUAAUACUCGGCUUUGGAUUUAUGUUUGUCUUUACGGCAUUUCAAACAAUGUGUAACAUCGAGAAAACAAUAUUGGACAGCAUUUCGCAGGAGGAUGAGAGCUUCAAGGGCGAUGGCUACACAAGCCUGGCCAUACUCUAUCUGUUCUUCUCGCUCUCCAAUUGGCUGGCGCCGUCCUUCAUCUCCUUCACAGGACCACGGGUGGCAAUGGUUGCGGGUGCCGCAACUUACACCGCCUUCAUGAUCACAUUUCUGUUUCCAUCCACGUGGCUGUUGUAUGUGGCGAGUGCACUGCUCGGAUUGGGUGCGUCCAUUACCUGGACGGGUCAGGGCACGUAUUUGGCGAGGUGCAGCAAUUCGGAUACGAUUUCAAGGAAUUCGGGCAUCUUUUGGGCCCUGCUGCAGUGCAGCAUGUUCUUCGGCAAUCUCUUCGUGUACUAUCAGUUCCAGGACAAGACGCACAUCGAUAAGGAGACACGUAAUCUGGUCAUUGGUGUGCUAACAGCGGUGGCCGUUUUGGGCAUUGUGUUCCUCGCUGCCCUGCGCUUCAUGGCCAGCAAUGCGGAGCAGGACAACGAACUGGAGCAACAGCACACGGGCUGUGGCCAGGCUCUGUAUGCCCUGAAAUUGGCCGGCAAACUCUUCUGCACCAAACGAAUGCUGUUGCUCAGCUUGGCCUUCUUCUACACAGGACUGGAGCUAUCGUUCUUUAGCGGCGUCUUUGGUUCGUCCAUUGGAUUCACCAUGAAAAUCGCUGCAACGCCGAAGGAGAUUGUUGGCCUCGUCGGGAUAUGCAUUGGCGUUGGCGAGGUCUUUGGCGGCGGCUUCUUUGGCAUAUUGGCAUCGAAGACGACACGUUUUGGCCGGGAUCCGAUUGUCAUUGCUGGCUAUGUGAUGCAUAUGGUUGCCUAUCUGUUGACAUUCCUCAAUCUGCCGAAUAGUGCACCGUUCAAGGAUACCACCGAUAUUUCGUAUUUGGAUCCACCGAGCCCGGCAAUCGCUCUCGUCUGUGCCUUCCUUUUGGGCCUGGGCGAUGCCUGCUUCAAUACUCAGGUGUAUUCCAUGCUGGGUGGCGAGUUCGUCAACAAUCCUGUCGGCGCUUUUGCCCUUUUCAAAUUCACCCAAUCCGUGGCGGCGGCCAUUAGUUUCUUCUACUCGGCGCACUUUGGGCUGUAUACUCAGUUGGCCAUUCUGGUGGUAACGGGCACCAUUGGCACCGUUGCCUUCGUGAUUGUUGAGUGGAGCUUCAAGCGGGAGCAUCGCGAACAGGAGAAAUAGGACGAGGAGUACGCGGAGGAGGAGGAGGAGGAGUACGAUGAUGAGCUCGAUUGGAGUGUAGAAUAUUAAUUCGAAUGCUGUUUGUAAUUAAGGAACUAGGAUUAGUUAUUGAACAGAGAUUGCUUAGUGCAUAUGUGUGUGUAUAUAUAUAUAUAAAUACAUAUAUAUAUAUUUAUGUAUAUUUAUAUGUAUAUAUAUAUGUGUUGAAAUGUUUGUUAAUUGCCACGCUGCACACUGCAGCGGCGGCGCCUUCCUAUACAUAUGCAAUAAAUAGUUAAAUUGUUGUUGAGCGCUUAAUGUUUUGCUAUAUGUGUGAAUGUAUCUGUAUCUUUAUCUGUACGUGUAUAUGUAUAUGCAACUGUAUAUGUAUCUAUCGAUUUAUGUAUUUUAAUGUUGAGACAUCCAAAACACGUAUUCGUAAUUCUAGUUGUAAUUGUUUUUUAUA